AUGAUGUCCGGCAUAUUCUACGCUGGCUGUCUUUUGUGCCCGCUAUACCUCAUCUACAAACCCCCAGGCGCGCUGAUCCGAUAUUUGCAACGGCGCUGGCCCGACGUGCUCUUCCACUAUCCCAUUGACAAGAAGGUCGUUGCGCUGACCAUCGACGAUGCUCCCGCGACAUUCACGCUGACCAUCCUCGACCUCUUACGGUCGCACGAUGCCACAGCCACCUUUUUCGUGAUUGGGUCCCAGGUGGGGGGCCAUGAAAGAGCUCUCUCCGAGCUUGUUCGCGGCGGAAAUGAGCUCGCCAAUCAUGCCAUGUACGACGAGCCGUCGCGCGCGUUAAGUGAUGCGGUGCUUGCAGAACAGAUAUCAGCCGUGCAGGAAAUGAUCCAAGAAGCCUAUCAUGCGGCUGGGGUGCCAGGACCUGAGAACUGGUUCUUCCGGCCCGGCUCGGGGUUCUUCAGCUCGCGGAUGCGAAGCUUGGUCAGGGGGCUGGGGUAUCGACUCGCGCUAGGGGACGUGUACCCCCAUGAUCCUCAGGUGCCUUUCGCCAAGCUGAACGCAAAGCAUAUCCUUAGCAUGGUGAGGCCAGGAAGCGUGAUCGUUUGCCAUGAUCGAAGAGAAUGGACAGUGCCGAUGCUAGCCAUAGUCUUGCCCGAGCUACGGCGCAGAGGAUACAGCGUUGUCACUCUCUCCGACCUGCUGAAGGAAGCCCAGCUCGGCGUCAGCACGAGUGAAGGUGAUGGACGGUAA